AUGUCUACCUUUACGGCUGAGCAACUCAACUUUUUCAAAUUCAGUGCCAUCAUUGUUGACGAAUUUCCAAAUGCUUUGCGACACGCAUUUGUUAACAUGUGGGACACUUUACAUGGCCAUACUCCAGGUUGCAAACCGUGGGACGAUUCCCCCGAUGUUCGAGGGAUGUUCCUCAGUAAAGAAGGUGGGAUGACCAAGGUUCCAACUGAUCUAUCUUUUAAAAAGUGGGACUGCACAGCUCUUCUGCAGGCCACCCUGUUUGCGAAAAGCUUUUCGAGGGUAUACUGCGAUGGAAUCGCUCGUAAUUUGAGUGACAAGUAUGUAAAACCCCGUGGGAUUUCUGGCGGAUCCUUUCAUCCAUCUGUUCAAAGCCCAUACGGAGACGAUGCAGAAACAUUUGCGUUAGCACUAGAUCAACUCCGCUUGCUGCGCAAUACCCUCUUCCACUCGAAUGGUACGGGAACUAUUGAUAAAACAACAUUUGAUCAUUAUAUUCAGUUAGCCAAGGAAGCCUUCGAAGCAAUCAGUUAUGACGUUUCUCAGCUGGACUUUAUCGGCACCCUGGCAGAGGAAGACUUUCCUACCUCUAAGGUGGAACAACUGGAGGAGGAUUUAAAGAAAAUGCGGGAUACCUCCACCAAGCUUGAAGAAAUUGAGAAUACCCUUAAAGAUAUCAAACAAACUCUACAAAGAGAACGAGACUCAACAGGUUAGAAAUCUGUGGAUUCCAUGCUCAAUUAAUAAUUAUUGUUUAAUUUGCCUUGAACGCUGUGGCAAAAGGUACUAUAGAGACCAAUCUCUAGAAUUUUUUUUUUUUAGACACAUUGCCCAUCCGUUCAUGAUGAGCAGUAGUCAAGUUAUUGGACCUUUUCUUCCCCUCUACACCUUCAGGCCAGCUCCCAGACUUUUGAACAGUUUGAUUUUCGUCAUGGAGUUUAGUGAAGCCAAUUUGUUUUGGCCAUAAGCCAAACCAGUUGAUGACAUUAAAUGACACCCAUCGCUGCUCCAUAUAUUGAAAGGGACUUAGAUUUCGUUGUUGUGGUCCGGCUUGUGUCGUAUGUUUCAAUAGGCGAGGUUAUCGGAUCAGAUAUCAACUUUUUAUGGCCGGAUAGUAGCUGUUUAGGCACUAGUACACAUUGAUACCUUGAAGACAUUAAACUUUUCUAUUUAGCCUCCAACAAAUGGACCAUACGAAUUCAUUUUCACUAUCACUUUUCCUCGUCAUGUCUUUCUUAUCAGGUUCUGGGACUCCCAUAUCCUGUCUUCCAGAUAAGAAACCGCUUUUCGUUGGUCGUGAACUGGAAUGCGACGCCGUGUUAAAUCCAUUAGUUUCAGGAGACAGUCGGCUAGUCAACAUUUGGGGUCCACCAGGAUUUGGGAAAACGUCAGUGGCCAUCGAGGUAGCACAUCACUUGCGUGAGAGAAAUACUCCUACGUACUUCAUCUCUGUUCGUGGUGUGAAAAGCAAAGAGGAGAUUGUCUCAAAGUUGCUAAGCAUUUUCGCAGGCACCAAUAAACAAGCAACACACUUUUCACCCUUCCACACAGUGAUUCAAUGCCUACGAGAGUUUCGAGAUCCCUUUGUCGUGAUUUUUGAUAAUGCUGACGAUGUACUCGAAUCAGGGAAUGGGCCUCUGAGAGAUGACAUGCUCCAAGUAACACAAGAGAUCCUGGAACAGUGCAAUCUUGUUCGCCUUCUGUUCACUACGCGUGAGUCAAUGGACUAUCUGCACCAUAGUGUUGCCAUUACCGUUGUAAAAGUGGAAGAGAUGGAUGAAGUUUCCUCUUCUGAAUUAGUAAGACUCCUGUUACCAGAUGUUCAAGAUGAUGACUGCAAGAGAGUGGUGAGGGCUUGCGGCCGGGUUCCUCUUGCCAUGAAGCUGAUGUGCGGCAUCAUCAAGGAAGAAAAUUCUUCGGCCACGAAGCUUUGUAAGGAGCUAAGAAUUAUCCCAGUGGUCGCUGUCUUGGACGACGAACGUUUACCAAAUGAUUUACGGCUGAGGAAUAUAAUUGACAAAUCCUACGAAAGACUCGCAAUAGAUGAAAGAAGGUCGUUUGUUUCGUUGGCCGUUUUUCCAGGUUUCUUUGGAAUAAAAGAGGCUACAAGCGUGCUACGUGCAAGAGACACUCGAGUUACGACUAGAUUCCUAAAGUCACUUCAACAGAAAUCUCUUAUUAAUUACCACGAUCAUCGAGAGUCAUUCUCUAUUCACCCCCUCCUUCAAUCCUUCAUUGCUGAAAAGUGCUCAAAAGACGACGAAAUCAGGAAUGCAUUCAACGAAGCACAACUUCGUUUACACGAAUACUACGUCUCCUGUUUCGCAGCAGCCAAUGAACAGUUUCUUACGGGUAAUUCUGUUGAAGCCUUUGCAGCUUUUAGAAGCCAGCAGGAUGGCAUUAUGUCAUCGCUAGCCCAUGGUACACGAAGCGAAGCACUUUAUCGACAAGUGAUAGACUCUAUUUCCACCGGAGAGCUAUUCCUUUACUCUCUACUAUAUCAUGAAGAGUUUUUAUUUCACGAUCUUUACGACACAGCAUUAAAAGAGGCGAAGAAACAGGGAAACUUGUGCGACGAAUAUGCGUUAAAAGCUGCGAAAGCAUUUGGUCACUUGGGUUGGUUUUUCGCACGUAGUCAAGUCUGGGACGAGUCACCGCAACCCUGGACAGGGAAGAUGUUAUGCUAUCGAAGUGUAUACCAACUUCUUUGUGGCAACCUCGACGAAGGUGUAUCUUCUCUUGAGAUUGCUGUUGAUCUUUUAAGCAGCGGCAGGUGUGAUGAGCAAAUUCUCAAAAUACUCGCCAACCAUAUUUUAGCAGUUUACUACACGACGAAAGAGGAUGAGGAAAGAAUAGCAUAUUUCGAAAACCUGUGCCGUGUCGAGAGCCUUAAGUCAGUGUCGUCGAGUCGAGCGAUCCGCUACCUUUUUUCAAUGAUGAGCCACCCAGUAGAAGAAAUAGACCAAAGCGCUGAGUUGUCUAGUGUCGCUGAGCAGGAUGCAACUAUGUUUGCAUUAAUAGCAAAAUUGCUGCCGAGCUUGUACAAAGUUUUCGCUAAUCCUGAAGUCCAGAGGAAAGCAACGCUGAUGACCACCAGUUUACAAAAACAGUACGAGAUAUUGAAAAGGUUAUUUGAGAAUGGAGCUCUUCCUUUUCAAGUUUUGGAAUCUUGUUGUGAUGCUUUACGAAUCAUGAACUUUGCUAAGGAAGCGGCUCAAGGUUUCCAAGUUAUUACUGACUACUUGGACAAAGAAAAUAGAAAUAGUAGAGACGCUGCUAGAAAUUUCCAUUUUCUUGGCUUGGCGCAUGAGAAAGCGGAGAAUAGGACAGCAGCACUUGAUUGUUUUAAGAAGGCCUUAGAAAUUAGAGUGCAACUCUUAAGAGAUGAUUUUGAUUGGAGCCACAGCAGUGAUGACAAUGUGGUCAGGGAAGCUUUUGAUUCAUUGCUUGGCUGUUUGGAAAUCAGAGUGAAGAUUUCAGAAGAACUCCAAAGCCCUAAUACCUGUAGCUUAAAUGACCUCAAGCACACGUGUGAAUUUCUCGGAAGUAUUUUGAAAUCUUUAGAAAAUGUAUCCGUUGGGCUUAACAAACUAGAAUUAGCGAGAAAUCUAGACUCACUCGGUCAUUGUCAGGUUUUAUUGAACCACUUCCAAGGAGCAGCGGAAUCCUAUGACCUGGCUGUGCGCAAGAGAGAAGAAAAAGCCGAGGAUCAUGUUCAGACGGCUUUUAGUCUCAUGAGACUAGGUUGUGUAUUGUUCCAGUUAGGAAGGAAUACCGAGGCCGAAAAUGCUCUUCAACGCUCGUUAAAUGUACGGACAAAGUUACGGUUGGACGAUGAUUUGGAUACCGCUUCUGUUUAUUACCAAAUUGGAGAAAAUUAUCUCAUUAUGGAGAAUUUCCCAAAGGCUAGAGAUGCACAUAGCCAGGGUUUGGAAUUGAGGAUGAAAUACCUAGGCGAAGAUAUCCUUACAGCAGCCAGUUUUGAACGAGUGGGGAUUACAUAUUUGAAGAUGAGUGAUUACAAAUCUGCCCUGCAACCAUUUCAGAAUGCGCUUCAGAUGAGAAAAAAUCUUCUUGGGGACCACUUAGACACUGCGUCUAGUUACCAAAACCUCUCCUUGACGUAUUUGAAAUCUGAAAAUUGUUCAGAAGCCCUUACAUUGUGCCAGCAAGCGCUGAGCAUUCGACUUGGCUUGAUACCUGGACACGAGGAGACCGCGACAUCUUUCCAUUUACAAGGAUCAAUCUAUUGCCAAAUGGGUGAUCUCGUCAUGGCUCGUGACGCAUUUUUGUCAGCUUUAGAUCUGAGAAAGAACAUUCUUGGCGCACAUCGGGAAACUGCACUCACCUACCACUGCCUUGGUGAGGCUCAGUAUAAAAUGGGUGAUUACAGCGAGGCACUAGACUCACUAUUGGAGGCUCAAAAGUUUAGACGCGACCUUCUGGGUGAUCAUCCCGCCACUGCCACUACAUUAGAGUUGCUUGCUCGCACGUACGAAGCAUUGGGAGCAGAGCACUUGGCACAUGAUUCUCUACUAAGGGCGGGCGCAAUGAGAGAGGAACUG